UUCGAGGCUCUCGAGACGCACUCGAGAGAACCGAAGAGAGAAACCCGGUACACAAGCCGCAUUCGUCAUAACGUGCGACGCGAAUUCCGACCUUUCGUCAGCCAAUGCGGAAUCAGUCAGGCUAGUCGGUUGAGCCAGCGGCAAGAACCGUUUCGACAGUGAGAGCAGAUAACGCACAUCGCUUUCGUCCUCGUCACCCCUCGGUUCUCCCCGAUGGACUCGUGACAGUGUGCGGAGACGGAGAAGCCGAGCCGAAUACAACAAAAAAAAAAAAGAAAAGGAAAGGAAAAAAGAAAAAUAGAAGAACGCGCGGGUGGGCCAGGUAGGCUGUAAUAAUCGCCGAGGUCUCGUCAGUCGUGGCGACGAGGAAGAGACGGACGAGUGGCGCGCGUGAGACGGGGACAACGAGAGGGACGCGGGAGGAGGAAAGCGAGAAUAUACAAGGCUUGCCUCUGCGCUGCGUGUGUACGUGUAUGCGCGCUUGAGAGCCGCCGAGCCGACUUGCGCGAGCGACAGAGACGGACAGUAGGAAAAAGAGAGAGAAAGAGAGCGGGAACGAGAGAGCGGCGGAGAGAAUUAUCGAGUGAGCCGCCCGGGAGAUACUGCGUUCUGCGAGGAGCGAAGAACGUGGGGCAUUCAGGAGGCACGAGAGGUCCGUCUCACUGAGAGCAAAUCAAGGCAAAACGUGGCGGAUUCGGUGACCCCUCGACUGUGAUCAGGCCCAUAGGCAGUAGGUAGGGCAAGGAGAUGCGCGAAUAUAAAAUAGUGGUGCUGGGCAGUGGAGGUGUAGGCAAGUCCGCCCUCACUGUCCAGUUUGUUCAGGAAAUCUUCGUAGAGAAGUAUGACCCGACGAUCGAGGACAGUUACCGCAAGCAAGUCGAGGUCGACGGUCAACAAUGUAUGUUAGAAAUUCUAGACACAGCCGGCACGGAACAAUUCACAGCCAUGAGGGACCUUUAUAUGAAAAACGGGCAGGGCUUCGUGUUAGUGUAUUCGAUAACAGCACAAUCAACCUUCAACGACCUGCAAGACCUCAGAGAACAGAUCUUGCGAGUAAAGGACACAGAUGAUGUGCCGAUGGUGCUAGUAGGUAACAAGUGCGACCUGGAGGAUGAGAGGGUAGUAGGAAAGGAUCAGGGUGUCAACCUUGCCCGGCAAUUCAAUUGCGUGUUUAUGGAGACCUCUGCCAAAGCUAAAAUUAAUGUUCGCGAUAUUUUCUACGACCUGGUGCGACAAAUAAACAAGAAAUCGCCAGAGAAGAAGAUGAAGCAGAAGAAAAAAUCGCUGUGCCUACUUCUGUAAGGUAUAUGUGGCGGAGCCCAUAUUCUCCUACAUGAAAAUCCGAGGAUACCAGUGGAUUAAAAAAAAGGACCGGAGCGGUUAUAAAACAAGGAAGAUACUAAUGACAAAAGAGGAGGAGGGGGCUGACGGAAUAUUAGGCGAACAGUAGAACCGGGAGUCUACGGUACUGAAAUCCGAAUGGUUGUAAGACGAUGGUAGAGAGACGGGAGAAUAAGGGCAUAUAAGGGCACAAGGUUACGCAGCGGAGCGAAGAACGAAGAGAUACGUGCAAAGGAACGCAGCGAUAAACGGAAAGAAAUAUUGUAUAUAACAUUGGUUCCGGGAUGGCUCGUGUGCACGCGCAAGCAACGGCGCACAAAGUAGGAUACGAGACCCCGCAAGCAUCGGUUAUCACUGUAGGAAUUUUGCAUGAAUAAAUGAAGGGG